UUUGAGGCGCCACUUGUCCACUCAGUCAUCUUAACGCUGUGCAGCUCGACGUGUCUCUCUGGCCGAAAGCCUUGGUUUCUCUGGACAAGAUAGUGCGGGACUUGAGAUUCAGUGGUUUCUGGCUCUUGUCUAAUCUAGCCGCAACAACACUUGGAUCCCAGCAGACGGCCAACUGCCACCAAAUAGGCCAUAAACAAAUUGCUGACGCAGAGAGCUCGCAAAUAGGUUGGCUGCGGAGAGCGUUGUGGAGUGAAAAACAAAGCCGGGAGAGGGCCGCCCACCAAAUGAGCGUUAAAUUAAAAGAACGUUACCCAAGCGACGCCGGCUCAGUCAGAAUCUGACAACGAACCCGGAGCAACGAUCACCGCGUCGGGUAAAACAAAACAAACGAACGAAAGCUAAUUACCAGCCACAUAAAGGCCAUUUGGAAUAUCAACUAAUUAAGCCAGCGAGAUGCGCGACGCGACCGAAGAUCAGUCCGUAACCGUUUCGGUGCCCGUCUCCGUCUCCGCCACGGAAUCCGCCAACUCCGCCGGAGCGGAGUUGCAGAGGGCGGCGGACCGCCGGCUGACCCGCCGCCUGCUGGUGGAGCUGGUGGUGGUGGUGGUGCUGAUCAUCCCCAUCUGCGUCUACGAGUUCGCCGUGGACCCCGUGCGGCGGGGCUUCUUCUGCGACGACGAGAGCAUCAGCUACCCGUUCCGGGACAACACGAUCACCCCGGUGGCCCUUGGCCUGAUUGUGGGCCUCCUCCCGGCGCUCGUGCUCGUGGUGGUGGAGUACGUGGGCCACCUGAGGGCCGGCGAGAUCUCGGCCACCGUGGACCUGCUCGGCUGGCGCGUCUCCACCUGGUACGUGGAGCUGGGCCGCCAGUGCAGCUACUUCCUCUUCGGAAUGCUGCUCACCUUCGAUGCCACCGAGGUGGGCAAGUACACCAUCGGGCGCCUGCGACCCCACUUCCUGGCCGUCUGCCAGCCGCAGCUGACGGACGGGAGCCUCUGCUCGGACGCGGCCAACCUGCACCGCUACGUGGAGGACUACGAGUGCGCCGGCGAGGGCUUCACCUUGGAGGACGUGCGCCAGGCGCGGCUCAGCUUCCCCAGCGGCCACUCCAGCCUGGCCUUCUACGCGAUGGUCUACGUGGCGCUCUACCUGCAGCGGAAGCUCACCUGGCGGGGAUCCAGACUCAGCCGCCACUUCCUGCAGUUCGCCCUGGUGAUGGUGGCCUGGUACACGGCCCUCAGCCGCGUGAUGGACCACUGGCACCACUGGUCCGACGUCCUCUCCGGAUCGCUCCUGGGCGUGGCUGGGGCUCUGAUCACCGCCUGCUUCAUAGCGAGGAUGUUCGAGGACCGGGACGGCAUCCUGAAGGGGGGACUGCGGAGGGAGAACACCGCUGCCACGCUGCAGGAGGAGGUGUGUCCCAGCACCCCGCCUCCGUACUCCGCGAACAGCAGCUUCAACGGGGACCAGUACUGCACGAAGGUGUGACGGGUGCAGGUGCUCCGGUAGCCAUGUAAAUUCCAAACAUUCCAAAGGUAGCAAUAAAGUAUGGAGAAUUACAACAGAA